UUAAUAAAUUAAAUCAGAAAUGGAAGCAUACGAAAUGGACGAUUUGAACCCUAGCAUACGCAUGCAAUCGAUGUUCUCUCAUUCGAUAGACAUGGAAAGUAAUGAUAUUAUUGCCUUUACAUCUAUAUGCCGACAUUGUAACGAAGAUGACAGUAAGGGGAAACUCAUACGUCCAUGUGAAUGCACCGGUGACCGGGAAUUUAUGCAUAUUCAUUGUUUAGAAUAUACGUCAAACCUCAGAAAGCAAUCUUAUUGCACACAUUGUAAUGCUGCCUUUCCAUUAGAAGUAAAGUACAAAUCAUUAAUACAGAUAUGCAGAAAUAGCAGAGAGAUGUGUGACAUGUUUCGAGCAGUCUGUUAUUCUCUUUUUAUAGUACUUGGUACACUAACAUAUAACGCGUGUAUGAUCUUUAUAAUCGUACGUCACUUUAUAUUAGCUUUGACUAAUGAUUCAUGGACCAAAGGCAUCUUUAACUUCGGGAGCGUUAUAGUUAUAGGAGUUCUUAUAGGUUUACACAUACCGUACGAGCUGGAGUUACUGCAGCGCGCGUAUGCCACCUUUCGUCGUGCUCGUUCGCGGUGGCUUGCAGUCAAUACAGAAAGGAAAGUGAUAAAAAGUUUUAUUCAUGAAGUCUGACUUUUAUUUAAAGGUGACCCUCGGUUGUCAUACGAGGUCAAAGUGACCCCAGACUAUUUUUUUUAUUUUUAUUAAAGUAAAAUAUCUUGAGUAUUAUGCAAAAUUUUG